GCGCCUGCGCAGUAGGCCCGGAUGGCACCGCUAAAUGGACUCGCCUCCAGGGCAGUGGCGUCAGUGCGACUGCGCGCGAGCCGGGUGCCGCGGUACUUAAUUUCGCUGCGCCUAGACUCGCAAGUAGCCAUGCGGAGAGCGGACCCCGAGCAGCCUGCAAAGCGGCCUCGCUGCGAUGGCAGCCCCAGAACGCCGCCGAGCACCCGUCCUGCAGCGGCCAACGCGUCUCCGGGCUCCGAACUCCACAUCGACCUCCCGACCUGGGAUGUGGAUGAUGUGUGCUCCUUCUUGGAGGGAGAAGGCUUCCGAGAGCAAGUGCUGGACAGCUUCAGAGAGAAUAAGAUCACUGGUGAAUUUCUGCCCUUUCUCAAAGGGUAUCUUCUUGAAAAUCUUGGAGUAAGUUCCUUGGAAGAGAGGAGGAAGAUGAUUGCAUGUAUCCAGAAACUGAGUCAGUCUCACAUAGAGCUGAUGAAGGUAUUUAAUGAUCCUAUUCAUGGCCAUAUUGAGUUCCACCCUCUCCUUAUCCGAAUCAUUGACACACCUCAGUUUCAGCGGCUUCGCUACAUUAAACAGCUGGGAGGCGGCUACUAUGUUUUCCCAGGAGCUUCACACAAUCGCUUUGAACACAGUCUGGGGGUUGGGCACCUAGCAGGCUGCGUCGUUCGAGCACUGGCUGAAAAACAGCCAGAGUUGCAGAUCAGUGAGCGAGAUAUCCUUUGUGUUCAGAUUGCUGGGCUCUGCCAUGACCUCGGUCAUGGGCCAUUUUCUCAUAUGUUUGAUGGAAGAUUUAUGCCAGUUGCUCGCCCAGAUAGAAAUUGGAAGCAUGAACAAGGCUCAGUUGACAUGUUUGAUCAUCUGGUUACUUCUAAUAACCUCAAACCUAUCAUGAGAAACUAUGGUCUCGUCCCUGAAGAAGAUAUUCCCUUUAUCAAGGAACAAAUUUGUGGACCAGAUCAAAGGACACCAAUCAAAGACUCUUUGUGGCCCUAUAAAGGACGUCCUGUCGAGAAGAGCUUCCUCUAUGAGAUAGUGGCUAACAAAAGAAAUGGCAUCGAUGUGGACAAAUGGGAUUAUUUUGCCAGGGACUGUCACCAUCUUGGAAUCAAAAAUAAUUUUGAUUACAAGCGCUAUGUUAUGUUUUCCCGUGUCUGUGAAGUGGAAGACAAUAAAGGUGGCUAUAAGAUGAAGCACAUCUGUACUAGGGAAAAGGAGGUUGGAAAUCUGUAUGACAUGUUCUACACACGCAACAGCUUACAUCGCAGAGCUUAUCAACAUAAAAUCAGCAACCUCAUCGAUAUAAUGAUCAAAGAGGCCUUCAUCAAAGCAGACCCCUACGUGGAGAUUAUAGGGACCGAUGGGGAGAAGCGCCGUAUUUCUACAGCCAUUGAUGACAUGGAAGCCUUCACUAAGCUGACGGAUAACAUUUUUCUGGAGAUUUUAAACUCUACUGAUCCACGGUUGUCUGAGGCACGAAAUAUUUUAAGGAACAUCGAACGCCGUGAUCUAUACAAGUAUUUGGGUGAGACCCAGCCAAACGGUCAGCACAAAAUUAGAAAGGAAGAUUACGAACAGCUUCCCCAAGAGAUUGUUAACACCAAACCUGAUGUGUGCCUGGAAGCCCAACUGAAGGCCGAAGAUUUCAUAGUGGAUGUGUCGCAGCUUCUGCCACAGAAAUUCGCAGAGCAGCUCAUCCGAGUAUACUGUAAGAAGAAAGACAGAAAGAGCCUACAUGCUGCUCGGCAGCACUUCAUUCAGUGGUGUGCGGACAAAGACUUCACCAAACCGCAGGAUGGUGACAUCAUGGCCCCACUUAUAACUCCUCUGAAAUGGCAGAAUGAUGAUCCAGAUUGCCACCGAGAAGCAUCCAAAGCCAAAACACAACUAAAAUUUUAAGUGAAUUCCUGCCAUCAGUUCUUUACGCAAGCCUCUUCCUCUCUCCACAAUUAAGUUAGGAAAUAUAAUCAGAAUCUACUAGUGAUUUUUAUUUAGUGUUUUGAGUGUACGCACAUGCUGAAGGGUAAGUCAUUUUAUUCAAAACGAAAAGUGGUAAUAGUAGCAUGAGUUUACUAUGCUUCCUGUUGGAUGAGAACGGCCUCCAUAAUCUCGUAUAAUUGAGUGCUUAGUCCCCAGGGAGAAGAACAGUUUGAAAGGAUUAUAAGGAUCAAGAGGGGUGGCCUUGUUGGAGGAGGUGUGUCACUGGGGGUGGCCUUGGAGGUCCAAUCUCUCUGCCUGUGGGUCAGGAUGUAGCUCUCAGCCGCUGCCAUGCUCCCCACCAUGAUGAUAGUGGACUAAGCGUCUAAAACUGUAAGCAAGCCCCCACUAGCUGCUUUCUUUUAUAAGAGUCGUUUUGGUUAUGGCAUCUCUUGACAGCAAUAGAACAGUGACUAAGCACCUACUAUGAAAAUCAUUAGCAUGUGUGUUUUUAGCAUUAUUGAAGCCUUUCUCCUUUUGCUACCUGUUUUCUCAGGAUAACUCUUCCAUCUAUUCUGAACUCUUAGGACAAAUGAUUGCCUUUUGUUUUUAAUUUAUAAAUUGAGACAAGGGCACAAAUUGGAAUUCAAGUUGAAAUAAACAAAAUCUUAGACCCCCUGAGAGCGCCCCUCACCCUGCUCCUCCCAGGAGAGAGAGCCACCUUCCCCUUCCAUCCCUGCUAAGUGCUAGGCUGGGGGAGCAUCGGACAGCUCUUUGUUGAGAGGAGCUGAGGCAUGCCAGGCAAGUCCUCUACCACUGACCAGCCGCUCCGCCCCGUCUCCUAGUCUAACCCCCUGCCUGCUAUAGGAGGUGCUAGGGUUGGAGGGUUCCUCACACCAAAUUGCUCCCUGAGUCUGAUGUGGCUCCAGACAAGAUCAACUCCUUUGUACUUGAAACCACUCCAGCCCCAAAGAACUCACCACAGCCAGCCGGGGACAAACCUUCUUCCACCUCUUCUGAGUUGGAUUGCUCAGCUGUCCAGACAACACCACAGACACCGUCCUGACUGCUCUCACUUGGAAUUUCACCACCACUGCUUCAUUGUGUUUACAGGUUUCAGAAUAUUCCAGACUGUGUUUGUGAGCCUAAUGGUGUAGAUGGCUCGGGUCCCCCCAUGUACCUAGCUGUUCCUAGCAGUGCAGAGCCAUCGAGGUUGCGCAGACACCCAUGCUGCUCCCCUCACCUGCGCUGUGCACAGCUUCACCAAGAACCAAGUCUAGUUGGAACCGAAGGGGGUGGUAACCAGAAGUGCUGGAGAUGUGGGCGGUAGGGACCGAGGCAGGAGCUGCAGAUGACAUCUUAGUCAUGAUACUCCCCUAAGUGAGGAGGCAGCCCUGGCAGCACGCAGCUUGAAUACACCAACAGGUUGCUGUGCCACCUCUCCCCUCUGGGCAGCCAGGUUCUAUUUUGUUCACUCAUAGGUGAAAGAGUAUUUGGUGUGUCCGCCUCUGAGCUCAUAAACGCACAAGGGAGGUGCUAGCUCGUCCCUGCUAGCCACAUGCCUCUCUGACAUUCAGGGAGAUGGCCGGAGGCUCUGCCUCCGUGUGCCCAGACUCGAUGUCAAGAAUGAUAUAUUUUUCUGCUACUAUUGCUUUAUUUUUGCCAGUCUUAUUUUUAAAUCCUUGUGGUUUAUUAUGGCAUUUUGUACCUAAUUUUGUACUGUGAUAUCCGGGAAACAACGCACCCCUUUUAUGCACAAGACAACUAUAUUUUAUGCCUUUGAAGCUGUUUUCAUUGUUGAGUACCUGUUUUCAAGACUGCAUAAAAAUGGAGAUUUUUAA